GGGAGAGGAGAGGCAGUCAGGAUGUUCCCUGAGCCUGGGGGGGUGGCUGCCUGCGGACCAGGGGGUAGAUGCACUUUGUUCUGGGAGGAGCUGACUGGAGGGAGGUGGGUGGCACAGGUGGCCUGGCAGGAAGAUGUUGGGAGCUGAAGCCCCGCCCCAUGCUGGCCCAGUCCCUAGCCCGCUGGCCUCUCGGUACUCCUGGGUUCAGUGAACCCUCCCUAGUAUCUCCAUACAUCAUGGCCCGCUGCUGCGCUGCGUUGGCUGGGCGCUGGCUGAGGAGCGCAGAGGCGGCCCAGUCCCUUUUUCUAGGGAUCCCCAGGGGCAUCCGCCGCAGCUCCUCUCAUCACUCCUCCCCAGGGACUGCUCAGGAAGGCGGCAGCCUCAGCAGCGCAGACCCGCUGAGCUACACGGAGGAGCACCGUGCCCUACGGGCUUCCCUGCGGAAGAUUAUUGAUAAGGAGAUUAACCCACUUGUGGACAAAUGGGAAGAGGAACGUUGCUUCCCAGCCCAUCACAUAUUCAAGAUUCUUGGGGAAGCUGGUUUCCUGGGUGUGAACAAGUCAACAAAGUAUGGAGGCCAGGGCUUGGAGUUAUCUCAUCAAAUUGCAGUGGUAGAAGAACUGGGGAAUAUCACUGGGAUGGGCAUCUCCAUGGCCAUCAUCCUGCAGACCGACAUGGCCACCCCCGCCCUUGAAAGGUUUGGUGCUGAAGAGCUGAAGCAGCAAUUCCUGGUGCCGUCCAUUUCUGGAGAUUUUGUGGCCUGCCUUGGAGUCAGCGAACCCGGAGCAGGGUCUGAUGUUGCAAAUAUCAAGACAAAAGCUGUGCUCAAAGGGGGUGAUUACAUCAUCAAUGGCAGCAAGAUGUGGACAACAUCUGGGAGCCAAGCUGAUUGGAUGUGUCUACUGGCCAACACCAGUGCAGGACCACCCCACCUCAACAAGUCCCUCUUUUGUUUGCCCAUGAACCUGGCUGGCGUUCACGUUUCCAAGAACAUAGAAAAGCUGGGCAUGUGGGCAUCAGACACAGUUCAGGUAUUUUUCGAGGAUGUCCGAGUGCCCAGGAAGUUCCUCAUUGGGGAGGAAGGCCAGGGCUUCCAGUACCAGAUGCUGCAGUUCCAAGAGGAGCGGAUGGCUGCAACAGCCGCGGUGCUGAGUCCACUGACCAACAUUAUCCACCAGACCACAGAGUAUGCCCGGAAUCGCAUCCUUUUCAACAAGCCCCUGCUGGACAGCCAAGUGGUGCAUUUCCGUCUGGCAGAGCUGGCCACGGAGCUGGAGCUGCUUCGAUCACUGCUGUACCGGACUGUAGCUCAGUACAUGCGAGGCCUCGAUGCAACCAAGCUGGUGUCGAUGGGUAAAUUAAAGGCGGGUCGUCUUUCUCGUGAGGUGGCUGACAGCUGUCUCCAGUACUGGGGGGCCAUGGGAUACACCCACAAUGCCUUGGUCAGCAGACUCUUCAGAGACCUACGCCUAAUAUCCAUAGGGGCGGGUGCAGAUGAAGUCAUGCUUUCUGUCAUAUGCAAAUACAUGGACACACUUCCACGGACCAAAUCAGUGAAAUGAUCUGAAUGGAAACUUCCCAGGAAGCUGGCCAGGCUGCCCAGGCACUACACUGACCCCUCUGAGCAGACUGUGAACGUUUCCAGGGAAAAGUGCCAAACAUCACUUCUCCCCAUGCUGCUCUAACAAAUGUUUCCUAUGUUGAUUGAAUAAAUUACAUGACUGAAGCCCCA